AUCCAUMCACAAGGAGGUGGCUAGCUGGUUGGUUGGUGGGUGUUUCCAAUGGGAAGGGCAGAAGUCUGGAACUGAGAAGUAACCCGUUGUAAGUUUCAACGAAGAACACAAAUGCCAUUUUCGGAUCAAUCCAUUUUUAUACCGAAGUGACAUCGGGUGAAUCGUUGAAGUUCAAAUUUUUUUCCCCCACGGGAAAAGCCGUAAGGUGGAUCUUUUUUUUUUUUUUAACGGUAGUGUGUGGUGUCCAGAACAGAUCCAGCCCUGUGGGCCAUACGAGACCAGACCUGGAGAGCAGGCCCAGGCCGCCACCAGAGACCACCACCAUGUCUGAACAGCCUGCGCCUGCUCCUUAACACCCUGUCCCCCCAGCCCCUCCCACCAUCCCCCUCCCUCCCUGUGGAUGCCCCCCUGCCUGGUGGUGGUGGAGGAGCCUCCUCUGGUGGGGAGAUGAGCCUGCACCAGCUGAGGGGAGAUCGGGGGGGUUCUGGGUCUGAGAGGGACCUCCAGUCAGCUGCCUCCUCCAUCAGCCUGCCCUCCGUCAGGAAGGCCCCCAAGAAGAGACGCCUCUCCCUGCGCUCGCUGUUCAGCCGGCGCCACCGUGGGGACCGAGACCCCAAGAGGAAAUCACAGGACUUACAGGGCGGCGGUGUGGACGGGAUCGCCAGUGUGGAGAGCAUCCAUUCAGAGAUAUGUCACGGAGACAAGACCUCGACGCUCUCCGCCCCUGUUGUGGCCUCUUCCUCCUCUGAGUUCCUGGAGUGUCCUCUCUGUCUCCUCCGCCACGCCAGAGACCGUUUCCCAGACAUCAUGACCUGCCACCACCGCUCCUGUGCUGAUUGCCUGCGCCAGUACYUACGGAUAGAGAUCAGCGAGUCGCGGGUCAACAUCAGCUGUCCAGAGUGCUCCGAGMGGUUCAACCCCCACGACAUCCGCAUCAUCCUGGGRGACCAGCCCCUCAUGGAGAAGUACGAGGAGUUCAUGUUGAGGAGAUGGCUGGUGGCCGACCCUGACUGCCGCUGGUGCCCCGCCCCWGACUGCGGGUAUGCAGUCAUUGCCUUUGGCUGUGCCAGCUGCCCUAAGAUCACGUGUGGACGUGAGGGGUGUGGCACAGAGUUCUGCUACCACUGUAAACAGCUGUGGCACCCCAACCAGACGUGCGAUGCCGCUCGGCAGCAGAGAGCYCAGAGCCUGAGGCUACGCACCUUCCGUUCCUCAUCUCUCAACUACAGCCAGGAGAGUGGGGCUGCAGCUGAUGACAUCAAGCCGUGUCCGCGCUGCGCUGCUUACAUCAUCAAGAUGAACGACGGCAGCUGUAACCACAUGACCUGCGCCGUGUGUGGCUGUGAGUUCUGCUGGCUCUGCAUGAAGGAGAUCUCUGACCUGCACUACCUGAGCCCAUCAGGAUAUUCACAAUCGCUAUGAAGGUAAGGACAUCUCCAAACAACAAGAGGAACUUGGUGAUAGCAGGUGGCGUGACCUUAUCAGUCAUUGUCUCCCCCGUGGUGGCAGCAGUUACUGUUGGUAUCGGAGUACCAUCAUGCUGGCGUACGUCUAUGGGGUGUGCCCAUCUCUCUGUGUGUGCAGCGGUGGUGUGGCGUCUCCGCCGGUAACGGGAAAGGGGUCCGCAUCGAGUUUGAUGAGAGACGCCACGUCGGUGGCAGAGACAAGACACAACCCCAGCAUCGGAGAGGGCAGCGUGGGGGGCAUGACAGGCAGUCUGAGUGCCAGCGGGAGCCACAUGGACCGGAUGGGCGCCAUGAGGGACAACCUGAGUGARAACGCCUCUACCAUGGCCCUGGCUGGGGCCAGCAUCACCGGAUCUCUGUCUGGCAGCGCCAUGGUCAACUGUUAUAACAGGUUGGAGGUACAGGCUGACGUUCAGAAGGAGCAGGGUAGUCUGAGUGGGGAGUCGGCCAACGUCAGCUUGGGGACAAUCAGUGACAACACUAGCACCAAAGCAAUGGCUGGAUCCAUUCUCAACUACAUGCCUCUGGACAGAGAGGGUAGUCUGGAGGUGGACAUGGAGGGGAAGCAGGAGAAGAAGCUMCAUCACCAUAGCAACAGCAGCAGCCUGGACGACGCCAGCGGCGAGGGGAGAGGGGUGGGGGUGUGUCCCUCCGGCUGCCCCCAUGAGUCUCGCUCCUCCAAAUGGGUGAAGGACCCCUCUUCCUCGGGGGGCAAGAAGAGCAAGGGCAAGCUGAGGACUAAGAAGAGCAGCGGAGGAACUAAGAUCCAGGAGACCCGUGAGGACAUGGAUGCUCAGCUCCUUGAGCAGCGAAGCACUAACUCCUCAGAGUUCGACUCCCCCUCCCUCAGCGGCUCCCUGCCCUCCGUAGCAGACUCCCACUGCAGCCACUUAUCAGAGUUCAGCUGCUCUGAUCCUGAGACCUCCAGACCUCCUCUCACUCCCUGCUGCAUUGACCUCCACCCCCAGCGCCCCCUCACCUCCCUGGGAACAGACCUGGUCACCGUCACCCCCCUGCCGGAGGUGGAGAACGACCAUCUGGAGAACUGUCCCGCUGCAUCCCAUUCCUCCUCCCCUUCCUCCUCGGCCCCUGUCUACACAGAAGGAGGGUUAGGAGGUAUGCUCCUCUACAUCGCCGAGGAGAGCUUAGGGCUGAUGAGGACGACGCAGGAGGAGCUGGACUCCCUCGCGGUGGAGGAGGUCCUGAAGGAGACCAAUAACAACAUGUUGGUCGGAGGUGUCGUCUCCCAGCAGCCUUCCAGCCCUGUGAGGAGUGGCUGCAUUCAGACUGAGAUAUAAACUCUCCUGGCUGGCUGACUGGCUGGCUGACUGGCUGGCUGACUGGCUGGCUGGCUGACUGGCUGGCUGGCUGACUGACUGGCUGGCUGACUGGCUGACUCCAGGGCUACUACUACAGACUGACCUAAUGUUUAUGCCAGCUUUUUUCACAGCUAACCUGAAAUCCACUUCUGUCUCUGAGUGGUGCAAGCUCGCUGUACGGAAGAGUAGAGAGAAGGACAGCAGAGGAGGAGAGAUUGUGUUUUAUCCAUGUCUGCUAAUAUGGAA